CGUUUGCUGGAAUUUGGUUGCUGGCAGGGAACGCGGCGGCGCUGGUGGCGAGCGGGGCCCGGCGGCGGAGGGAAAGUUCAGGUCGCUCAAAAGCAGCUCCCAUCCUUCUCCCCGCUUCCUUGCUUCAGUCGCUCGAGCGCCCGGCCAGGAAAGGUCCAUGAAGAAGCCGCCCCUUCGCUCGGCAUAGCCAGAGUUGACGUGCGUCCACUACAUGAGUCCCAGCUGGCUUUAGCCAUGAGCUGUUUGGAUGUUAUGUACCAAGUCUAUGGUCCUCCCCAGCCUUACUUUGCAGCAGCCUAUAGUCCUUACCAUCAGAAAUUCGCCUUUUACUCGAAAAUGCAGGAAGCUGCGGAAAGUGCCAGCACGAGCGGCAGCAGCAGCGCCAGCAGCUCCUUCUCCAGCCAUGCUGCCGCCACCAGCAUCAAAGAGGAGGAGUGCAGUCCUGAGAAAGAGCGCCCUCCAGAGGCUGAAUACAUCAGCUCCAGAUGCGUCUUGUUUACCUACUUCCAAGGGGACAUCAGUGCUGUGGUGGACGAGCACUUCAGCCGGGCCCUCAGCCAGCCCAGCAGCUACUCCCCAAGCAGCGCUGGCGCUAAGGCUGCCACUCGGAGCAGCAGCUCAUGGAGAGAUGGAUCAUUCCCCAUGAACCAGCGCAGCUUCCCACCCUCCUUCUGGAACAGCACAUACCAGCCCUCUUCAGUGCCCCCCUCCCUGGGCAGCCCGCUGGCAGCAGCCACCCACAGCGAACUGCCCUUUGCUACCGCGGACCCUUAUUCUCCAGGCUCGCUGCACAGCCACCUCCACCAGGGUGGCCCGGAGCCCUGGCACCCUGGCCACCACCACCACCACCACCACCAUCACCACCCCUAUAUUGGUGCACAGAGUUCUGCCUACCCCCGGCCCACCACCGUGCACGAAGUCUAUGGCCCACACUUCGACCCGCGCUACGGCUCAUUGCUGAUGCCUGCUGCUUCUGUGCGGCCCCAUCGCCUCACGCCGGCCUCCGUGCCCACACCUGUCAGCCCACCAUGUGAGCUGGGCAAGAGUGAGCCUGCCACUUCUGCAUGGACAACACCGGCACCUUUCGUCAGUUCCGCAGGAGAGAUGGCGCAGAGCUUAGGCCUCAAUGUGGACACAGGUUUGCAGCCUCAGGAUAAAAGCAAGGAUCUCUAUUGGUUUUAGACCAGCCCUUCCACCUUCUCUUCCCCCUCCUCUAGUCAGAUCUCUGCCUAAAGUAGAACUGGUGGUGACAGAGCUGAAAUCGAGUCGAUUUGUAACAGCUUCUGAUCUUGGUUUACAGCUCGCCGUUAUUCCUUCUGUGGUGGAUCCCUCCUGAGCUGAGCUGCUGAUUCUAAAGCUCCCCCUCCCACACCCAAAUGCCAUCUCCUUCCCCCCCACCACCACCUCCGUCGCUGUUCAACAUCUCAUGUCAUAUUUCAAGGACAAGGGCAUGAACGUGGAAAAGGCCAUGAUGGAAGCUAAAAGCUGCUCUGACUUGGCAUGACAACCGAGAGAACAAUGCUCCAUUGCAGGCUGAAGAGAAAGCACUUCUCUUCCCUUGAAGGUGUAAAGCUAAACUCAGUGGCUGCAUGUACAGAGACCUGUGGCCAAGCCCUUCUAAAGCAUCGUUGACUUUAGGAAGUUAAAGUAUUUCUUACUGGUGAUGAUGGGCUAAACUUUGUUGAUUGGCAUUUUUAAAAAUACACAACUGUUUGAAAGCAGCAUGGGAAGUUAUUCAAACCUUGUGAAUGGGAUUUUUGUCCCUUAUGCCAUAGAAACAGAGAGGAAUUCUAAACUCCUAAGCAUGCUUGGGACUUUUUUCUUUCUUUCUUUUUUUAAGGACAGAUCUUUCAGACUUCAGUGUGAUGAUGAGUGGCAAGUGACUAGUCUGGGCCACCUGCCUCCUGGCUUACACAAUUGCAGCUGUUCAAGAGACAACUGUUCCAACUCCCAAAACUCGACAACCAAGGUGGCACUUCUCCGAGUUUGGCACAAAAUUGCAUUGGAUAAUGCAUACAUAUGUAUACAUGUGUAUUUAUAAGGUUUUUAUACAAGAAACAUUUUAUGGUGAAAACAGAGACCCUUCCAAAAAGAAAAAUCUAACUGCCUUCACUAGGAACAACUGGAGAAAACAGAGGUGGGGGCAGAGGAAUAAUUAGGCAGACCAAGAACCUCAUUAAUCCAAUGAGCAGUCUUUUCUUUUUGGAAGGGAUAUAAAAGGUGUUUAUUUGUAGGAAAGUAACAUUAAAGAUGUUUCCUUUCA